AUGUGGGCCUUUAAGCAAACAGUGUAUGAAAAGGACGGAAUGAAGGAAGAGAAGAAGGAAAUGGGAAUAAGAAAAGGGUCUGGGAAAGAAGGAGACCAGUCGAUUGGAAAACUCUUGGAGCUUUGCUUGGUUUUCAUGCUUCCCAUGAAAAAAGGUAUAAAAGUAGAACGGGGUGAAGUUGGUCCGGAUAAGGUACGAUACGAUACAGCGCGAUGGAUUGAAAAAUGA